AGGCUGAAGAUUGCACCAGAAGCAGGAAUUGGGGCCGAGAAAAAUGACACCAAGGAUAAAUGCUUUGCAGGGACUCAGAUUGGCAUCCUGAAGAAGAUUCAUGGCUGGAUUCAGUCCCCUGGGCCAGAACACAUCUUCUGGCUCUAUGGGGUAGCCGGUGGGGGCAAGUCUACCAUCUCACGAACCAUUGCGGAGCGAUGUCGUGACCGAAUAUUCCUCCCGGAAACCAUUUGCCUUGGUGCCAGCUUUUUCUUCGACAAAAAUGAGAGACAGCAGAGCAAUGCCACCUAUCUCUUUCCCACUCUUUGCCAAUCGCUUGCGAAUUGUCUACCCGAGCUCAAGUCCGAGAUUCGUAAGUCGCUUGAAGAGCAUCCGGAGUCGAGCAAUGAACAUGCCUCAGUCCGGAUGCAGUGGAAGAAUUUGAUUCUUAAGCCCUUGUUGAGCUUGGAAAAGAACAAUCACCUCUUGCCUCUCACGUUGAUUGUGGUCAUAGAUGCACUUGAUGAGUGUCAAUCUACGCACAACGAAGAUCCUGUCUACGCCAUAUUAGAACUGAUCAACGAAGCGCAUCAACUGCGCUCGAUUCGUUUGAAGUUUCUCCUCACCAGCCGCCCACAAAGCCACAUAUUCUCAAGCUUUGACCACGUGGUGACUGGAUCUCAUGGUUGCAAACAGGCUCUUCAAGGGGCAGAAACGCCUAUUGACCAGGAAAUGUCUCAUCGUGAUAUCAAGAUGGUCCUCAAACACAAACUUGGCGAAAUAUCCCAGCGGCACCACUUUGGCUCAGAAUGGCCGGAGGAAGAGAAAUUGGAUGCGCUUUUCAAGAAAGCUGACGGGCUGUGGAUAUAUGCAUCUACAGCGUGGGGUUUUAUAUGUGACAAGAAAGCUAAAAAGGAGUGGAUCAAACCACGGUUGGAUCUGCUUCUGACGAACGACCGCCACCCUCGUGAAAGACUGGAUGGGAUGUAUACGGAGGUCCUACGGGAUGUCCUUAGUUUUGCAACGCCUGAGGAACGAAUAGGUACCCGCCGGACUUUUCAGGCAAUCUUUGGGGCCAUUGUCGUGCUUCACCGGCCUCUGUCUGUCACUACGCUGAGCAAUCUUCUCUCCAAGAAUACGGCCGAGGUUAGGGGGAUGUUGGAAAGCCUAAGCUCAGUCAUCCACGUAGCCGCCAGCAAUGAUUCUCCCAUCCGUCUCGCACACCUGUCGUUCCCUGAAUUUCUCACAAGCAAGGAGAGGUGUCUAGAACCAACUUUUCAGAUCUCGAGGAAGGAAAAGCAUAGCCACCUCCUCCGCCACUGCCUCGAGGCUCUAACCAAGACCCUCCGACAAGAUAUUUGUCAUCUCGGAGACUCUUCUACUCUGCAGGAUAGCAUUGACCCUGGGAUCGUGAAGCAGGAGAUUCCUUCGCACGUUGAGUAUGCUUGCGUCUACUGGGUGGAGCAUCUACGGUUAAGCAAGAGCUCCGACCUUCCACCCACUAUGAGGAAAGUCUGGAGUCCUCUACUACAGACUCUGAAAGGUUAUGGAGGACGUGGAAUAGAUUUUUCACCCGACGGUAAGCUGUUUUUAGCAACUCUGAGUGAAUCCGGAAAGGUGCAACUCUGGAGCACCGCCACUGGCACAUUGAUCCAUUCUUUUGAUUGUUGCAUUGAAGACCCCCGUGACCUCUAUAUCUGGUUUUCUCCGGGUGGGCAAUCAUUCGCAGCAAAUUGUGUGGAUGGGGCAGUUCAUAUACACAACACGCAGACCGGAGCCCGGGUACACAGCCUGACGAGGGAAAAGUAUCGCAACUGGCCGGUUACCUUCAGCCCAGACAGCAAUCUUUGCGCCUGCGCAGUCUACAGCACAGAGUCUCCGGGCGAAAGUAAUAUUCACCUUAUCAAAGUCUGGGGGAGCAAUACUGGCGAGCUGCGGCCACCGUUAAAAGGGCAUGGUAAGAGGGUCUGUUGUCUAUCAUUCUCGCCAGAUGGUGAAUUCUUGGCCGGAGCGACACUUUUCGAGAAGUGCGUUUUAAUCUGGAAUUUAGCAUCG